GUUCAGCAGCCACACGAUAUUGUAUUUUUAAGUGUCUUUUGAGAUUUUUGCUUCGUAAAAAUGAAGCUUGCCUUUAAAUUCUAUUUGAUAUUUGCAGUGCAUACUGCGACGAUUUAUAGUGAUCAAGUUGUUACAUUGAUUGGAUCUCAUUUGCUGCCCGCUGACUCGAACUUUAAAACAUUUUUAUCAACAAAUAAUUUGGAUGGUGGCUCAAGUGUUGAUGUGUCUUUAACUACCUCAAAUGGUCCUACUAAUAAGAAUGUCCGGAUGUCUGCAAAAGAUACUUUUGAUGAGGUUCAGUUUGAGCGUCUACCCCAAUCCAACGACUACGAGCUCAAAGUUGCCCCAAAGUCUUCCAACAAAUGCUCAUCAGCUAAACUCAUCAAAACUUCAGACCGUCCGAUCAUUUUCAUCCAAUAUACUAAACCUUUUUAUAAAAUCGGCGAUGACUUUAGCUUCAGAAUUUUCGCAUUAAACCAAAAAAUGCUUCCAUACUCUGGCAGGCAGUCAAUUAAUGUAAAAAUUCUAGACUCGAAAAAUAAAGUCAUAGAAAAAUUCGACAAUAUUGAGACCUUAAACUUUGGUGUCUAUGAAAACAAAUUUAAGCUAUCAGACUCUGAAAAUUUGGGUAAAUGGAAGAUCCAAGUUGAGUCAGCGGACAGAAAAAUCACAAAAAAGUUCAAUGUUGAGCAGGCAAAUCCAGACAAUUUAGAGAUUUACAUUGAAAUGGUUCCAAUGCUUGCCUAUUUGGAUCGAAAAGCUUUUAUGAAUAUUUAUGUCAAGGACAGAAGCAACAAGUUCUUUACAGGAACUGCUAAAAUUUACGUCAGUGGAAGUGUCAAAGGAUCAAGUCGAGUCGACUUUAACAGAAAACUUGUAAAGACACUGGAUCUUGUCGGUCAUAAAAAUGGAGUUGGAAUCAGCUUUGAUGAAGAAAUUGGACUUUCUCCGCCAUCUGACAUGAAUCUCAAGUUUGACGUUGAAGUAACUGACCCAGCAACCCAAAGAUCCAUCAAAGCAUCAAAAAAUGUCGAACUUAAGUCCAAUUCCAGAAAUACAAUUCAUCUUGUCAAGAAGAAGUUCUUCAAACCAGGAUUCAAAUAUCCAAUGAAAGUUAAGGUCAAGACACUAGACGGUGCGCCAGACAAUUCCUUUAACAAAUUAUCAAUGACUGUUGAGUAUCACAAUAAAGGCAGUGGAAUUGAUAAGAAAGAAUUCCAGAUGAAUCUUAAAAAUGGAGAGAUUUCAGCACCAUUGAAUCCAACAGCAGACACGACACAGAUUACAGUUAAUUUGGCAUUUGUUGGUGCAUCAUUGACUGAAGUAAUCAAACCACUGCCAACUAUGGGAGCUAAUGAGUACAUGCAGGUGUCACUUUUGAAAAAAGGCAACGCAGUCGGCGAUACCGCUAAAUACCAAGUACAAGCAACCCAAGAAAUGGAGUCACUUCAUGUCCUUUUAAUAGGUUUGAAUGGAAUCGUUCAUUAUGAAGAGUUUCCCGAUGCUAUGGACAAGGAUAUUUUUGAAUUCUCUAUUGAACUAACUGAGGAGAUGAAGCCUGAGUCGAGAGGAAUUGCAUUUUAUAUUCGUCCGUCAGAUGGAGUUCUUAUUUAUGAUGAAUUUGUGUUGAGUCUUACAUUUGGCAUUGAGAAUUUGCUCGAAAUAUCAGCACCAGAAACCGGAAAGCCAAGCGAACAAAUUAAUUUAGAUUUUAAGACAUUGAAAGGUUCAAAAGUGUUCCUUACAGCAUCAGAUCAAAUAUCACCGCAACUUGUCCGUGACAAUGAAAUCUCCCGAUCUGACAUUUACAAUGAGCUCAUCUUCUACUUGAAUUAUAGAUUCCCAAACACAUCGCUCUACAAUUUUGAAAAGUUUAAUGGAUUUAUCUUGCAACCUUUGUCAGAAGGACAAACUUGUGGUCGGGAAUCUGCGAGAUAUACUAAUAUUGAGUCUGAUGAGGAAGAUGAAGCUACAACUGAUGUUAAAUACUUCCCAAAUGUUUGGUUUGAUAAAAGUUUUGAUGCAUCAUCUGACAGUGCUACAUCAGUUCCUGUUAAACUUCCAAACAGCCUUACAACUUGGAGAUAUUAUGGAAUUUCAGUACAUCCAACAAAAGGCUUUACAGUUGCUAAAGUUCAACCAAAAACAGCAGUUCAAAGUGAAAUUGUUGCUCAAGUCAAAGCACCGCCAUCAGCAUACGAAAGUGAAGUAGUUUGGGUCGACAUAAAUGUCUUUAAUACACUUCCUGAUCGUCUUCAAUCUGAUGUAUUUGUAAGCAUUGAGAAUGGAUUUAUUGUUGAUCUAAAGGACAAUGUAGAGUUUAACCUCAAAUGUACGAAGUUCACAACAAGAAAUCAAAAAGAUGUCAAACUAAGCAGCAACUUACAGCCUCAAAAGAAGACAGAAGUUAAGACCAUUCCAAUCAAGUCAAACGGCAACGGGGACAUGAAAGUCAAAGUCAGAGCUGCUGCAGGAAGCUACAAUGAUGAAGCCACAAAGACAAUAAUGAUUGAGCAAGCUCAAGAUCCAGCUCAUACAGACAACAACUUUGAAGCUAAAGUCAAUACUCAAGCACUGCCAAACAAUCAAGCAAAGAUUGAAAUUGAAGGCAAGGUCUUGCGUCAGGAUGUCACACAGUCCAGCAUUAUUGUUCUUGAUGUUGAACUUCCAAGAGGAUUUAAGUAUGCUGGACACGAGCAAAAUGAUAAGAUUGAGGAUGUCGAUCUACAUGAUGAUUCCAGCGUUACAUUCUACCUUAAAAAUCUGAGACCAAAUCAAAACUUUAGACAGUCAAUUAAAGUAUCAAAGGUUUAUGACUUUGACAACCAUAAACCAUCGGUCGUAACUGUUUAUGACUAUAAGCGACCUGACAGCAAAAGCAUUUCAUACUACAGCUAUGACAAGAACACUGAUGCAUGUGACAGAAUCGAAGUCAUCAGAUGGACGAACAAAGCGAAAGAUGCACAAGAAAUCACACAAGAAGCUCAAAGAGCUGUCCAAAAAUCACGUGGUAAAGUUGAACAAGCACAACAGAUCCUUACAAAUGCUCAAACUAAACUCAAACAAGCAGAAGAGAAUGUCAAGAUAGCAGAACAAAAGGCACUUGAGGCUGAUCAAAAAUCACAAGAUGCAUUUGCUAUAGCUGAAGAUGCAUGGGGUGCUGCUGAACAAGCAAAGCAAUAUAAACUUAAAAAUGUAGUCGUGACAAAUCCGAGUAACUCAAUUGAAGAACCAGCACAAGAAACAGCAACAACUGCAGCAGAAGCACAAAGACUUGCAAAAGAAGCCCAACAUCUCGCUGAUCAAGCACAAGAUGAUGCUGCUAAUGCUGAAGAUGAUGUAACACGUGCUAAUGAUGAUGUUGAGGCUGCAAAGGCUGAAGUUCAAAAGGCACUAAAAGCUCUGACCGAUGCUCAAAUGCAUGCUCAUGAGUCAAAAGAUGAAGCUGAAAACUUACAAAAAGACGCAAUGGCAGCUAAAGGAAAUGUCGGAGAUGCUCAAAAUAAAGUCAAAACAGUACAAAAGGAUACAUUGGAUGCACAAAGAGCUGUAAAUGCAGCUGCAGACGAGGUUAAUAAAAUACAGAACAAUGUCGAUGAUGCUUUAGCAGUUGUUAAUGAUGCAGUCAAUAAAGCGAAUAAAGCAACAAGAUACACAGAUAUUGAGCUAGACAUCCUUAAUGCAGAAAAAGUGUCACAAAAUGCACAAACUCUUGCACAAAAUGCCAAUCGAGUAGAAAAAGGAGUCAUCCAAAAAGUCCAGCAACCUGUUACUGCAAUCAAUCAAGAGUGGGACAAUGUCCAGAAAUUACAAACUUAUUGCAACAGCAUUUUUGCUAGAGCUACGACAGUAAACAAUGGAGCUAUGAAUGUCCAAAAAAUAAUCACCGUCAGCACAGUCAGCUUUAAAAAUGGACAGAAACAUUUUGAAGAUGCAAGGAAGAAUUUUGCUGAAGCACAAAUUAAGGCACAGUUGACAAAUGACAGAGCAACUAGACUGCGUGAAUAUGCACAAGCUAAGAGCAUUGAAGCAAGAAAAUUGGAAGCUCAGGAGCAAGCAACUCAAAGAACAACAACAAAAUACACAACUAGAAUACCAACUUAUUGGCAAGGUGGUCAAGGAUCAUGGCAGGAUAGUCAAAGAAGAACGACUCAAGGACGGAUUUAUACAACAACUCAACCAACAAGACAAGACAAUGUAUACUAUCCACCCCAAAGUGUCAAUCAUGAAGUAUCAUCUGUGCAAGAAUCAAGCGCUAAUAAGUGUUCUAAAUGGUACAGAUUCUGUAAUGUGGGAUUUUAAGGUUAUGGAAAUAGAUUAAAAAUGAAUUUGAACGUUUCCUGUAGAUUUAAAAAAUAUUAAAAAGUUAAUAAAAAUUGAAAUAAAACAAAUAAAUCGGAAAG